AUGAAUCCCGACCGGAACAGCCGGAAGUAUCGUUCCGGAAAUAAUCUGUACAGCGAUGACGAGCUGGAAUUAUCGUCGUCGCAGGUGCUGGAGAAGGUAAAGCCGGACAGGGUAACGUCGACGAAACCGGAUGAAGAUCGGCGCCGGCGGACGAUCAUCGUCGAGAAGAAGAACGGUUCGUACGGCUUCACGCUGCAGAGCUACGGGAUCCACUACCGGAAGGAGCAGGAGGUGGAAGUGAUCACGUACGUGGACUACGUCGAGUACGAUGGGCCGGCGUACCGGGCCGGGAUGCGCGAGGGCGACGUGAUCCUGUCGAUCAACGGCUACGACAUGGAAAAGACCGAGCACAAGGAUCUGGUCAACUUUAUCAAAAACUGUGAUAAUCGGAUGCGAAUGGUGGUGCUGUUUGAGGACUGCUGCCGCAAGGUCGAGCUGCAUCUCAAGUACAUUCAGCUGCAGGAUCUGCUCAAGUGUAAGAUGGCCGAUCUGGAGCGCGUUUGUCUGCGGGAGCGCGAACUACUCGAGGGCAAGUGGAAAACCCACAGUUUACCGGCGCGAAAGAAGGCCACGGUGGCCGCUGGCGACGGAGACGCUGAUCCGGGUUCGACCACCGACGUCGAGAGUGGAUCGGGUCCCUCGUUCUGUCGGCCGGCUUCGUCGACGGAGGAUGUGAAGAAAUUGCUGCGCCAAAAGACGUACAUUGUGCCACCGCCGGCCCAGUUCAUGUUGGCCUAUCAUUGCCUGGACAGUAACUAUCGGUACGUGAUACAUCCUUCCCAAGCGACCGGUAGCGAUGGCGGCAACGAAUAUUCCACAGUGCACUCAAACCCCUCCAGCUGUGCUCCUAAUGCUCAGACGACUAAACUGUGUAAGGAUCACGCCCAGCACAUGAUGCGGGGAUCAUCGCUGGACAGCGCGGCGGCGGGCUGCAAGCAGCAGCAGCAGCAACAGUCGGGAGCAUCGCCAACGAAAAGUCUUCACAACUACGACACCAAAGGCUCGAAGGGUUCCUCGGGUCGGCGGGGCCAUUUGCACGGACACUCGUGCAACCCGUGCAUCGGGCACUUGCUGCGCGGCAGCGGCGGCGACAAGCAGCGCGGCGCCGACAAGGACAACACCAGCCUCGAUGCGUACGAUCUUGCGAGUCCGUGCUGCGAUCCGCAGUGCGUGCCGUCGCGGCGCAAAUCGAAACACCAUAAAGAUCAUCACCAUCACAAACACAAACACCGGGACCGGGACCGGGACGCGAAGGAUGGCGGCAAGGAUCGCAUCCCGCGCCCCAAGUCCCAGCCCCACAUUUCACCGCAGUCCCAGCCUAGCUAUCUCUAUCGCCAUAAAGAUAAGCACGAUCAUCACCAUUCGAAGGUGUAUGACCUAAACGCUAGUCUCGCCAGCCACUGUAGUCUUCAUUCGUGCACCUCGAGUGAGUUCAACGCGGCGGGCGAAAACCCGUCGCCCGCCUCAUACAGCACCUCGAUCAGUACCGACACGCUCUACUGGGAGCCCCACAGUGAGUCCACGACGGCUUCCGGUUCCGGUUCGCUGCAUAAAAAACCUCCGGCCGGUGGUGGUGUUGGGACCGGAGCAAGUGCCGUCGGUCGUCCGCCGCAUACCCAUCAGCAUCACUACUACAUCCAGAAGUAUGUCCACCCGCAGCACCUGCUGGGGGCUCCACACCAACAGCAGCAACAGCCGCAGCCGCAGCAACAGCAACAGCAGCAACAGCUUGCCAUCUACUCGGUGCCACCGAUGGCACCGGUGCACAAACCGAAAUCCUGGGACAAUUUGGCCAUGAAGGGAUACGGUGGGUAUGGGUACGGGUACGGCUACCUGGAGGUCGGCGGAGCGGGAGGAGCGGCCAAGACGGGCCACAUGCCACCGACGCAAACGCGCACCCAAACGACGAUCACCAUCCAGCACCGGAACUCGAUCCCGAAGAAGAACGGUUACGAGCGGUACUCGGCCGCGUUUUUGGACGUGGAAAACUAUGCACCGCCUCCGACGCAGUUCCUGCACGAAACACUCACCACGACCACCACAACGAUCACGACCAAAUCGACCGAGAACCUGCUGGCCGCGUACAACCGGUCCGAAUCAAGCCUGUCGCAGUGCGAGUGUCUCGAAACGGUUCCACUAGUACCCGGCGGGUCGAGUGGUGCCGCUGCUGCCGGUGUCUGCGGUGGUGGCUGUUCCACCGGCAAAGGUACUGCCGCCGGUGCGCUCGAGAUCGUGCACGAUAAAUCCGGCUACUACUCUAGUCUCGCUGGCGGCGGCGGUUCCGGAAGUUCCGGAGCCUCCGGUAGUGGAGGGAAAAAGUCCAUUUCUAGUCUCACGGAAAUUGCCCGCCUCUAGGGCGGGCAUCCGACGCUCCCCUGCACACAGGGGAGAAGGAGGUCCAAGUUGCAGUUCGUAAGCUUGUCCCGGCCAGCAAAUACUUAGAUAGUAGACCACGGCGGGCGCCGAGGUUACUUUCGGCUGCUCGUGUGUGUUACACCUACCUAGUGACGACAGGCUUUCAUGGUUCCUGAUUGCAGCUCCCUCGCGCGAUAUUAACAGUAUGAAUUCCACUCAAUGCUCAGUUCCCUCAACAUAUAAAAGGGGAAGGUGCUUCCGUCGUUUAUGAUACUUCCAAUGUUCUAAUUACUGUAGACCAGUGCACCGUUUAUGUGGCAAGCAGGAAAGAAAUGUACUAGCGUCCGAGAAACGUAACGGAACGGAGCAUGGAUCUAGCCAAAAACUGAAGCCAAAACCACUAAGCGGCACGACAAGCUAUUGCUCAGCUCUGUAGGGAGAGAGGAGGUAGUGUUCCAAACAAGGCUCCGAGGAUAAAAACUUAACCAUUUUGACUGGCAACGUGCUCUACUUAGCGUCCAUUCGGUUGGUUGCUGCCAAAGCUGCCACAAUCCGUCGGCUCAGAGAAGACAUUCCACAGGGACGACGGCAGAAGAGUUUGUCGUGAUGUGUAAGUGUUUAGAAUGAGAUUAUAAAUACAUGCAUUUUCUU